AUGGCUGCAUUAUUUUUUAUUAUAUCGUCCCAAUACCAUCCCGGAACCAAAGUUAUACUCACGCUUACGAGGGGACCUUUAUGUUGCUACACUGAAGACAAAUGUCAGGAGCGUGGAAGGGCAUUGCAAGAAACAAACAUGUAUAGGUUUUUAUUUCGGACAGUUAACGCAGCUCGAAGUUCUUCCCUCACCGUAUAUGAGUCGUGUGUGUUGCCAGCUAAAUGUGACAAAGCUGCUGCGCUGGUUUUCAGGGUUUCAAAUAGAGGUGGUAUUAAAGCCCUCAGCACAAGUUCGGUGAGGCUGUGUGAAAAGAAAAAUGAUGUUGCCGCCUCUCAUCAAGAUGACAAAACACACGCCGAUAAAGAGGCUGACCCAACAGAAACUCCAACUUUGGAAACACAAAAAGCUCAAGACGACAGUAAAGUGAAGAUGGAGAUGGAAGAUGGAGAAGUGAAGAUGGCUAAACAAAGCGAGCAGGAGCCAGUGGUGUUAAAGACAGACGGUGGAAGUACCUCGCAGCAGCAGGCAGAUGAUGAGACCAAAAAAGUUGGGAAGAGUGGGAAAGAAGGUCUCCUCCAACUUCUUGGAACCAUGAGCGUUAGAGUAACUACUAAGAAGAAGCCCUAUCGACCUCCUCUCUGGCCAAGUUUGAAUCCUCCAUCCCACAAAAAUCCAAAACCUAUGGAGAGCACCAAAAGUAUGUUUGAGAAAGCAACAGAGGAGACUUCAUCAUCACAGACGAGAAAGAGCGAUACAUUGGAUCCUGAACUGGUUGAAGCUGCGUCUGCUGCUGCGUCCACUCUGCCUGACAGCAGCCAGGCUGAGUCUGAGCUGCUCAGGAAGCUGCAGCAGCAGGAGACCAUCAGUGAGGCUCAAAAGAAAGGAGACAUGAGCUACCUCCAUGAAAUGAUCUCUAAAAUGAAAAUUGGAAGACGGACAGACUACAGACGGGGCGCUUCGCAGACGUUUGACCUCCGGUUUGAUCGUGAUGAGCAAGAAUUAAAUCGUGGAGAAGGCCCCAAGGCGAGAUUGUUUUCAAGGAAAAGACUAAACAUCUUCUCCCCCACUGCUGAUGAAGAUGCAGUUGAAACAGUUGCUCGGCCGACUCUAUGGGACAUAGACUUUGCUAAUGAGUUGUCUCUGCUAACCGGUCUAAAACCCCGCAACGGGUUGGAAGAAAUGCUCCAGUGGACCAAAGAUGGAAAAAUGUGGCAGUACCCAAUAAACAAUGAAGCUGGCCUCGAGGAGGAAGCCAGUGUCCCGUUCCAUGAGCAUAUCUUCUUAGAGAAACACUUGGAGGAGGGUUUCCCCAGCAAGGGACCAGUGCGGCACUUCAUGGAGCUCGUGUUGGCUGGUCUGUCCAAAAACCCCUACCUGACAGUCCAGCAGAAGCAGGAGCACAUUUCAUGGUUCAGAGACUACUUCCACGAGAAACAGGAAGUCCUCAAGGAGGCUGACGUUUCCCUCAACUGAGCUCAAGACAAUUACAAAGGCUUUAAACAUAACAUACUCGUACAAUUUUGCAGCUAUGAUCAUCUGGAUUUUUUAAGUUUUACAGAGAUGUGUUGGAGUGGACUGACAUCAAGUCUGUGUCCUCGUGUCAGACGUACAGUGUUUACUGUUUCUUGAUGUUGAUCACACUAUAAAACCACUGAAAUGUUGCUUAAAACUGCUUGUACAAACAAUAUAAAGCAGAAAAAGUGCA